CAUCACUCUCUCUCACAUACACACGCUCUCUCUCUUUCUCUCACUCCUCCUUCUGCUGUCUUUUUAGCGUAACUUGGAGUGAUCGGGAGCGCAGGCAGCGUCUGGAGAGCCUGGUCACUGACGGAGGAUCUGCUGCUCGCGCACGGUUUUCUCAUUAAAGCUGGACACGGCGUACAGAGAGGAUCACAUUUCUGGGUUUUUUUGGGGGGGUACCGUUGUGGAUUUUGUCUCACGUGUUUCCAUGUUUCCCUCAGUGGAUGUUUCUGUCGCUCUGUAUGACGCUUUUUUUUUGGAUGUUCCCCGCUACGAGUCCGAAGCCAUUUCUGUUGACUCUCCUUUCUUCACGCGUGACCAUUUUAUUACGUUAUCAGACGAGCUGUGAGGCAGUGUUUGAUUCUGUCUAACGAUGCCGCGGUUUCCUUGAGUGUAUUCUUGUAGUUCAUGCAGACAAAACCCGUGCGUUAAUUAUCACAUCAAAAAAUAGAAAAGUUGGGUGCGCAAAGUUUUGGUGACUCUCGAUAAUGGCUAUGGUGGCGUGGAGAAGCGCCGAGGGAGUGGGGGACACGCAGGGGACCCUCACCUCCCCGGUGUCCCAGGUGGCACCUCUGUCUCUGCCCACGGAGCUGACGGGACACAUGAACCCGGCUCCCUCUCAGGACAUCAACCAGCCGGCAGCGCAGGGCGCACUGCCGCCGCCUAAUGCGUCCGGCGCGAGCAGCGGCGCCGCGACUAACAACAACAACAACACCACCACGUCUUCUUCGUCCUCCUCCUCAUCCAUGGACAAACAGCAGAACCAGCACAUCGAAUGCAUCGUGUGCGGGGACAAAUCCAGCGGGAAGCACUACGGACAGUUCACGUGUGAAGGAUGUAAGAGCUUCUUCAAACGGAGCGUGAGGAGGAACCUGAACUACACCUGCAGGGCCAACAGGAACUGUCCCGUGGACCAACACCACCGUAACCAGUGCCAGUAUUGUCGCCUCAAGAAAUGCCUCAAAGUGGGCAUGAGGAGGGAAGCUGUGCAGAGAGGAAGAAUCCCCCCUCAGUCUUACCACGGCCAGUUUGCUCUGACUAACGGAGACCCGCUGCAGUGUCACUCCUACCUGUCCGGUUACAUCUCUCUGCUGCUGCGGGCCGAGCCGUACCCGACCUCCAGGUUCGGCUCCCAGUGUCUGCAGAGCAACAACAUCAUGGGCAUCGAGAACAUCUGCGAGCUGGCGGCGCGGAUGCUCUUCAGCGCUGUGGAGUGGGCCCGUAACAUCCCCUUCUUCCCGGACCUGCAGGUGUCGGACCAGGUGGCGCUGCUCCGCCUCACCUGGAGCGAACUGUUCGUGCUGAACGCCGCGCAGUGCUCCAUGCCCGUCCACGUCGCGCCAUUGCUAGCUGCCGCCGGCCUCCACGCCUCCCCGAUGUCCGCGGACCGCGUGGUGGCCUUCAUGGACAACAUCCGGGUCUUCCAGGAGCAGGUGGAGAAGCUCAAGGUGCUGCACGUGGAUUCCGCAGAGUACAGCUGCAUCAAGGCCAUCGUGCUCUUCACCACAGAUGCAUGUGGUCUCUCAGAUGUCGCCCAUGUGGAGGGUCUGCAGGAGAAAUCCCAGUGCGCUUUAGAGGAGUACGUGAGGAGCCAGUACCCCAACCAGCCCACCAGGUUUGGGAAGCUGCUGCUCCGCUUGCCUUCCCUCCGCACUGUCUCUUCCUCUGUCAUAGAGCAGCUUUUCUUCGUCCGUCUGGUGGGGAAAACCCCCAUAGAAACUCUGAUAAGGGACAUGCUGCUGUCCGGCAGCAGCUUCAACUGGCCUUACAUGUCCAUUCAGUAGAAGAGGAAAAGCUGCAGCGCUGCUGCUGCUGCUGCCGCAGAGGUCUCCCGCCUCGAAUCACGUCAUUUCAGCUACUGCAGCUUAAAAAAGAGAGAGAAAGGUUGAAUUGAACAAAGGAAAUAAACACUGCCAGUUAAUUUCUUUUUCUUAUUUUGGACAUUUGUCGUGACACCAGAGGAAUGAUCUGAUUUAUGCUACGUUCCGUUCCAAUGUGUCUAAAAAUGAACCAUUUUGGCAGCGAGGAAUGAUCCCACACCACUGGCAAACAAAAAAAAAAAAAAAUGACUGGCUGUGACGGACAUUUUUAGCGUGCAGUCACCACUCACAGUCUAUGUUUUUUGGGGAUUAACAAACGAUAUUUAUUCGACCCUGUGUGUGUGUGUGUGUGUGUGUGUUUAUUGUGCUUAUAAAUUAUGUUAUGACUCCUCUUUUUAAUGUUUUAUAUAACUGCAGGGUCCGUCUGUCGUGUGUCAAUACGAUUUUUUAUUUCCCCUUUCAUUUAGUUUCAUACCUUCCAGACAUGACAUAGCACUUUGGACUAAAGGGAUAUUUCAGAAUUUUCUCCUCGUGUUCCCACAGAAAGCUGAGAUCACUGCUCUGUUUACUUUU